AUGAGGUCCCUGCUGACUGCCCUGUUCGUGCUGACUGUGCUGUCCACUGCUGCCGGGAAGACCGUUGACUACACCGGGCGUAACUUGACGCAGGUCCCGACAGACGCCUUCACGCCAGACGCUCACACCGUUCGACUGUCUCACAACAGGAUAUCCCGCCUCGGCUCCGGCUUUACAUCAGCCCCACGCGUCCGGUACCUGAUCAUCAACGACAACAGGGUGAACACCUUAUCCCCGCAAAGCUUCCAACCUCUUCAGGAACUACUCUUCCUAGAUUUGGACAGGAACCGCCUCGUCUCCCUUCGCGACUUCACCUUCUCGGCCCUCGCCGCGCUCUCGGAUCUCAUUCUCUCCAACAACCUCAUUUCCGCCGUCUCGGUGCGGGCCUUCCACGGGCUGACAAGUCUGGAGUUCCUGGAACUUUCCGGGAACCGACUGUCGGCAGUCCCCGUGCAGGCCGUCCGCCUGAUUCCCGGAGAGCGGCUCUUGUUAGUUCUGCUCAUGGUGAACAACAUCAGCCACAUUCCCGGAGACAUCGCCUCCCUCCACCCGUCCGCUUCGUACAAGUUCCACGGCAACCCCCUGCGCUGUCCGGACGAGAAGCAGAACUCCAGCCGCGAGGACGUGAUCAACGCCGAGAACAUCAGACGGCCCAGCUCGCCCGUGGUGUGGACUUACGUCGUCGACACACUGGAAGGCGGCCGCAGACUUUCAGGGAAUCUUCUCUUCAUCAAAGAUCUGCACAAAUAUUUCGGCGUCGCUCCCAAAACCUUCUACGUCAGCGAGCACCUUAGCGUUCAUCUCCCCGAGAUUCCCGUGGAUAGAUUUGUGGAUUAUCCAACAGCCUGGAUCACUCCAACAGGGCGCCGCCCGGUCCCUGCCGGCAAAGCGCUCACGAUUGAAGACUUCACCGCGGAAGACUCGGGCAAUUCCCCAUCCGAUGAUGUUUCACCAGAAGAUCGUAAAAACAGCACAAACGACAUCUGUGCUGGUUCUCCGGCGAACCAAUCCUGCAGUUGUUUCAACGGGUCAAGAUCACCGUCGUUUCAUCACCCGAAGUUCUGUGAUGCUGGAAGCACCAACUCAGACUUAAAGCCCACCCGAUUACUCAUCAUCCUUGGCAUUGCUUCUAUGAUGCUCUGUUCUGUUGCGGUAUUUUGUUGGAGGAAAAGGCAAGGAAGGAGUGGAGAGAACGGCGGCAGCGCCGGGGCUGCGGUACGCGCGGGUGCACAGGCCAUGGCCGUCUGUAUCCCUCUUCACCCCCUGCCCAGGCUGACAGAACUUUCAACGGAAGGAGAACCUAACGCAUCUCUACUCUCUCAUCUGAGAGGAACUGAAUCAAGGGCGGCGAUGAAAAUGGGAGCCACGCAAUAUACUAGUGGUUUACACCGCGCGACAGGAGCGCGCCCAGCGGAACCGAUCGGCACUACAGAAGCUCAGAUUCAUCACUACGAAAACGCUGACGCUGACGAGUACGCCUCAGUAGCGCCGCGCCCUCUACCGGACGAUGAGGAAACUGCAGCUGACGCUGUAAAUACAAGCGUGCCAGAAGGAGUAUCUGAACAACCUGCUUUUCAGAUCGGGGAUGGUCUGGAAAUGCCUUACGGUGUAGCCGCGGCAAAUGCAAUGUAUCAGCGAGGAGGGACGGCACCGAAUCCUAAUGCUAGUGUUCUCACAAAUGAGCACACAAGUAGCACUGAUUUGACUGACUCGGCAGCUUACACUGCGAUACAUGACAACCCGGUUGAAGCACAAACCCACAUAGCAACAGAGGCAAACAUACCACUGUACCGACGAGAUACGGCACCGAAUCGUAGAUCUCUCACAAGUGAGCACGCCCAUAGUGGCAACGAUGCAACUUUAUACUGUGCGACAGACGACAACGGAAAAGGAACUGUCACCGCUGGCCUGUAUGGACAGCAAAUUGACUAA